AUGUUGACUCUAUGUCAUAAUUACUUUCGUGUUUCAAAUAAUGACAACAACAGCAAAAAUGAAGGACAAGAUUUCAGUAGAAGAAAAUAUGCGUUCGGUGUUUUUAUUUUAUUGCUUGUUGCUGUGUUAUGGGUUGUAUCAUCAGAGUUAACUAAGUAUAUAUAUGUUGAGAAGAAAUUAGAAAGACCAUUUCUUGUGACUUAUGUUAGAAGUUCCUUAUUAUUCAUUUACCUGUUAGUACUGUGUUUUACACCACCUACAAAGGAUCCAUGCCAUCCGGCUGAUUAUACUCAACUAACAGAGCCAGCUACUGAAACAGAUGAUGAAUUCAACGAGCCUGCAAAUAGUUUGGGCGAUUCAACAUUCAUACCUGUUAGAGCUGGAGAGACCACAGAUAGUGAUGAUGCAACACCAAGAGCUGUCCGAUUCAAUAAAGUUGCUGAGGUGCGGGUCAUGUCAGCGGCGAUGGCAGGUGAAGCUUUACUCGCUCGGCUCUCUUGGUCAGCAUCAAUACGAGCUACGGAGUACGCACAACGGCGGGCUGCAGCAGCUGCCACACGACGGCAUAUAAGGCUUGCACUUGUAUUUACGUUACCAUGGUUCAUAUCAAACUAUCUCUAUCGACUGAGCCUGUUAUAUACUUCAUCUUGCUCGGCUACAAUAUACACGUCUACCACAAGUGCGUUUGCUCUCUCACUGGGCGCUUUGUUUGCUCAAACACCUGCUGACAGGUUAAAUUUCUCCAAGUGUGUUGCUGUUUUACUCACCACAGCUGGACUGGUGGUGUUAGGCAUAUCAGAAAACAAAAGCAAUUGGACAGCUGUUCUAGCGGCGUUGGGAUCAGCGCUUUGCUAUGCAGUGCAUUUAUUACUAUUUCGACGAGAGUUAAGAAAAGGAGAUGGGAUUAACUCGUUCUUACUUGUUGGAAUUGUCGGCUGCGUGUGCGGCUGUUUAAUAUGGACUUUCGGUGGUGUGCUGGCACUAUCUGGAGUUGAAAAGGCUGAACUUCCCUCGCCUAGACUCUGGAGUUGGCUACUUCUAGAUGGCGCUUUGAGCCCACUUCUAAUGGAAUCACUGUGGCUCUGGGGUAAAUCCUUGACGUCAUCGCAAACUGCGACCGUGGUACUGACAGCAGCGGUUCCGCUAGCAGCGUGCGCGGAGGCAUGGCGUGGUGUUGCCAGCGUUUGGCAUGCCGCCGCAGCAACCUUAGCAGCGGCUGGAUGGGCGUGCGCAGCGUUGGAUCUAUCGGUUGUACCCGCCCCGGCCGCUUGCCUUUUACUUCGAUUGAGACCUGCUGAUAGAUUUACGACGAUAAGAAACAUAUCUGAUCUUGACGAGCAGUCGGAGGCACUAAUAUCAGACGACCCCACGUAA